UUUUCAGUCAGCGUGUGUGAGAAACAUGGCGAACGCCGGUGGUAACGUAACUAUGGACGGUGACCUUCUGAGAUAUGCUGAAUAUAGUCCCAGAUCUAAACAGUCCAGCGACAUCGACAAGCGCUUUGGUGGCACACUAAUUGCAGUCGGACUUGGUGUUGCUGCUGCAGGCUUUGCAGGUCGAUAUGCUUUCCACUUAUGGAAACCGCUUGAGCAAGUUAUUACACAAACUGCCAAGAAGUUCCCCUCCUCAGCAUUUUCGACAUAUUACAAAGGUGGUUUUGAGCAGAAGAUGACUAAGCGGGAAGCCAGUCUCAUUCUAGGGAUCAGUCCAACCAGUACCAAGACAAAGGUGCGAGAAGCUCACAGAAGGAUCAUGGUCCUGAAUCAUCCAGAUAAAGGUGGAUCUCCAUAUUUGGCAGCAAAAAUCAAUGAAGCAAAAGAUCUGUUUGAGUCUGGCCCUCGGCGCUGACCUCUAACUGUCUGCAGAUUUCAAACCAUCAUUCAUCAGCCAUUUCCUGUUUGCCCUCGGCUCUUCACCUCUUAAGCGCUCACUGAAUGACCAUGUCCUGAUCAUGCUGUCAUUCUCCCUACAAACCUGACUGUAGCCUGCAUCAGUGUUCUGUUACUGAAUCAGUGAUUCUGAAUCAGACUGCACAACCAGGUCUUUCAUCUGAAGAUAAGGAGCUUUUAUCUUUACCGACAUUAUUUAUCAAUAUUAUUUAUGAUACAUUGAGAGUGUUUUCAGUGUGUUUUAACUGGGAUAAAAUCUGUGACUGUUUUAAUGUCUAUUCAUGUCUGAAAGAAGAACUUAAAUGUUAUGAACUGUAUGUUUAGUUGCUAAGAGCUUCUAAAGAGGUAUUUUAUACUACUUAAUUAACAAUUCCAAUAAAAGUUAGUAUAAUCUUAUUAUUAAGAGUAUGAAGAAAGAUUUAUUUUAAACCAAACAGUGUACUUAGCAAAGUUAUCAUCUGUAGGGACCAGCAUCAUUUGAAUAUUGUUUCAGCAAUCACUAAAUUUAACCAGAUUAAUGCAAGAAUUAAUAUUAUGUCCCAUUGGUAUUUGAAUCCAUGCAUGGUGGCUUAGUGUGUAGCACUGUCGCCUCACAGCAAGAAGGUCCUGGGUUUGAUCCUCAGGUGGGGAAGUCCGGGUUUUUUCUGUGCGGAGUUUGCAUGUUCUCCCCUUGUCCGCGUGGGUUUCCUCCGGGUGCUGCGGUUUCCUCCCACAGUCCAAAAACAUGCCACCAAGCUUACUGGAAACACUGAAUUGUCCUAUAGAUACCUAGCCGCUAGAUGCACAAACCAGUGCAUUGUAGUGCCGGUCCCAAGCCCGGAUAAAAUAGGGAGGGUUGUGACAGGAAGGGCAUCCGGCGUAAAAAUUGUGCCAAAUCAAUGCGGAUCAUGAUCCGCCGAGAGCCGACCCUGUAACCAAACGGGACAAAGGCAGAGGAAGAAGAAGAGGUAUUUGAAUCCAUGAUAUGACAUUUACUUUUGUUCACUGUUUUUCAUUAAAUUAAUGUAAUAAAUACAUGACAUGUAUUAUAUUGUGCUAGAGUUACACUGUUAUGUAAAUACAACCUUGUUAGUGCAUUGAAAUAAAAUGAAUGCAAAGUCCAAAAUGUCAGUUGGUGUGAUUUUAUGUGACUGUGUAUGCAGAUAUACUAAACCACUUAAAAGAAUAAUAUGGUCAUACGGAAUUCUACAUAAAAUAAUGUGAUGAAUUAUAUCUGAAA